AUGGCUGACAAUAGCACACUGGCUGAAACUGGGAAGAGCAUCUUGGCAGAUUGUUCUAUUCUUGACUCCAGAAUUAAUGAAACUUCCAAGGAAAACAUAUUCACUCGAUUUACUUCAGAUGGGGAAGGACCUGAAUCACUGGAGUUUGAGACAUUUUUUUGUGUAGCAGAUUUUCAACAUUCUGUUUUCAAUGAAUUGUACAAGGCAGACUGCAGAAUCCUUGGGCCUCCAGUAGUAUUGCAGUGUGCCAGAAAAGGCGAGCCCCUCCCUUUCUCAUGUCGUCCACUCUACUGCGGUUGUAUGCUGAAUCUUGUGUGCUUCACAGGCUUCAGGAAGAAGAAGAAUUGGUUCUCCUGUUCUGUACAGGAAAGUAAAACUGUGACCUUGGCCCAUCAUAUGGGAGGAUGUAUUCGACGCGAUUUCAGUUCGAAGGUUACGCAUCUGGUGGCUAACUCAACACAAGGGGACAAAUUCAGAGUAGCUGUGAGCCUAGGCACACCAAUCAUGAAAGCAGAAUGGAUUUAUAAGUCUUGGGAGAGAAGAAAUUACAUAGACUUCUGUGCUGCUGAUGAGGAAUUCAGGAAAGAAUUUAAAGUUCGCCCAUUUCAGGACUGCAUGUUAAGUUUUCUUGGAUUUUCUGAUGAUGAGAAGAAGAAUAUGGAAGAAAUGACCGAAAUGCAGGGUGGACAGCAUUUGCCUGUUGGUGACGAAAGGUGUACUCAUCUAAUAGUUGAAGAAAACAUAGUGAAAGACCUUCCUUUUGAACCGUCUCAAGACCUUUAUGUUGUAAAGCAGGAGUGGUUUUGGGGAAGCAUUCAGAUGGACGCCAGAGCUGGAGAAUCUAUGUACUUAUUUGAAAAGCCAGACAAUUCUGAACUGAAAACAUCUGUCUCACAACUUUCUCUGAAUACUCCAAAUAGCAAUCGCAAGAGACGCCGCUUAAGAGAGACCCUUGCACAGCUCACCAGGGAGACAGACAUGUCUCCUUUCCCACCACGGAAAAGGCCAUCAGCUGAACAUUCCCUUUCUAUGGGAUCUUUACUUGACAUUUCCAACACACCUGAAUCAAGUGUGACUAAUGGAGAAACUCCUAAGUCAUGUGCAAAGCCAUCCAAAAACUCGACUCCUCUUCUUCCAAAGCAGUCUGCAAGGUGGCAGGUUGCAAAGGAGCUAUAUCAGACAGAAAGCAACUAUGUAGAUAUCCUGACAACUAUCAUCCAGGUCUUUCAAGUGCCUUUGGAAAAGGAAGGGCAGCUUGGAGGCCCCAUCCUUGCACCAGAAGAAAUUAAAACCAUCUUUGGCAGCAUUCCUGACAUCCUUGAUGUCCAUAUCAAGAUAAAGGAGGACCUUGAAGACCUUAUGAUAAACUGGACUGAAAGCAAAAGUAUUGGUGAAGUCAUCCUUAAAUAUUCAAAAGACUUACUGAAAACAUACCCACCAUUUGUGAACUUCUUCGAAAUGAGCAAGGAAACCAUUACUAAGUGUGAAAAACAGAAACCAAGGUUUCAUGCUUUCCUGAAGAUAAAUCAAGCUAAACCAGACUGUGGCCGCCAGAGUUUGGCAGAGCUCCUCAUCCGCCCUGUUCAGAGGCUUCCUAGUGUUGCCCUUCUUCUAAAUGACCUUAGGAAACACACUGCAGAAGACAAUCCUGACAAAACCACUUUAGAGAAAGCCAUUGAGUCGCUAAAGGAAGUGAUGACGCAUAUUAAUGAAGAUAAAAGGAAAACUGAAGCCCAGAGGCAGAUUUUUGAUGUAGUUUAUGAAGUAGAUGGUUGUCCAGCCAACCUCUUGUCAUCUCACCGAAGUCUAAUUCAGCGCCUGGAAACGGUUGCACUUGGUGACGACCUCUGUGACAGAGGGGAGCAGGUCACUCUGUUCCUUUUUAACGACUGCCUGGAGAUUGCACGAAAACGACACAAAGUCAUUGGUGGCUUCAAGAGCCCGCAUGGGCAUACCAGGCCACCAGCCUGCCUCAAGCACAUCAUCCUCAUGCCGUUGUCUCAGAUCAAGAAAGUGCUAGACAUCCGAGAGACAGAAGACUGCCACAAAGCAUUUGCAUUGGUUGUGCGGCCACCAACAGAACAAACCAACUUGUUGUUCAGUUUCCAGAUAACAACCGAGGAACCUCCCAAGGAGCACUGGUUGAAGAUGCUGUGUCGGCAUGUAGCCAACACAAUAUGUAAAGCAGAUUCUGAAAAUCUAAUUUAUACAACUGAUCCUGAUUCCAUUGAAGUAAACACAAAGGAUAUGGACAGUACAUUGAGUAGAGCAUCCCGGGCCAUAAAGAAAACAUCUAAAAAGGUUACACGAGCAUUCUCUUUUUCUAAGACGCCAAAGAGAGCACUUCGAAGAGCUUUGAUGGCACACAAUAAUGCUGAAGGAAAGAAUUUCUGCCCAACUACUGACAGCUACUUAGGGGGACGCCUUGCCAGUACUUCAUCACUAGCAGGCAUCCAUUCCCCUUCUUUGAUCAACCUGCCAUCUGUGUUUGAAAAAAGGAGUCAUACCUUAAGUCGAUCAACUACUCACUUGAUAUGAGCUACGUGGAAAAUGGAGUUGCAUCUUAAAAUUGUGGCUGGACAAAAGGUGGCAUAGCUUUUCAAGCAAUCCCUUACUGACAUGAAUGGCGGUACUUAGUUAGCACUUAGUGGCAAUUAGCAAACUUGUAGAUAACACUAAGGUGAGCAUCAAGAAUUAUCUGAUUUGUCUACAAAAUAAGUAAAGGCAUGGAUCUUAGUUUGGGUGUAACCUAUCUCUUUGCACAUGUUACUCUAUCAGUAUAAUCAGAAUAUUUUGCUCAGCGUAAAGACUUCAUGAAUAAAAUGGUAUUUGGAUUGGUUGCUGAAAUUUGGAAGUUGAUUGAUGGUACACCCACUGACUGAUGAUGAUGAAUUUUGUUUUUAAAACAGUCUUUUUAUAUAUAUUUUGGCUACAUUCAAGUUACUAUUUCUAUGAACACAUUUCUACAGUAAAAGAUAUGCUUCAUAUUUAAAGCACAUAAAUGAACCUGCUUUUAUAGGAUGUUGGAAAGAGGCAGGUUUUUAGAUGCCUGAAUAUUCUUCAGUUUCUUCAUGACAUGCAGUGGUGGUGUUUCAGUGGAAAAUGUGAAACAUGUUCACCAGAUUUUCAGUUGAUUUAAUGUUCAGCUGCUAGAUUUAACUUUCUUCAACAAAACGGAAAACUUCCUGAGGUAGAAACCUCACAAAAAUCACUUUAGAUAAUUGUAUUUAUAAUCUUUGAGUGGAGACCAUUUAAAAAAGAAACUAUCUCUAAAAUAUAAUGAAACACUUUUUUUUAUACAGACUGUUCAUGCACAGAUUUCAGUAUGGAGAUAAAAUGUAGAUUUGACUUCAAUAUCUACAGCUGCUACUUUUUUAUUCAUAGGCUUCCAUAUAAAUUUCUUUGAAACAUUCACACUAUGUAUUUCUUAUAUUUCUAAUAUUUUCCCUUACGACAAAAACAUGUAUAGAAUAAUCAAGUUUUCAUAAUAUAAUUUUAGCACUCUUUGGAAAUUAAGUUUCUGCACAUAUUAAGCUUUUUCCUGGUGUGUACAUUUGGGAGAGAUAGUGAGUGGUACAUCUAACUUCUCAUUCUGUUAAACCCAGAUUGCUACUUACUUGUCAGUAUAAUUUGUGACAGUUUAUUACUUCUGUAGCUUUUAAAGAUUCUAUAUUGGCAGAAACAUUUGUAAAUAAACUGUUUAUAUUAAUUUUUUA